CAAAGUUAGCUUUUAACAAUAACUACAAAUCAUUUUUGAGCCAAUAAUAAUCAAAAUAACCUCAAUACAAAGAAAAUGGAAGCUCUAAAAUUAUUUUACGAUAGAGUAAAAGAUCAAGUGACUAGUAAAGCAGAUUCCCUCAUAAUUUUGCUGUAUCACGCCGUCAUUUCUAAAGGGAUGUAUUGCGUAGGCAUUGGAGACAACUGGUCAGAAAACUUGACAAAAAUCGAUGCCAACGAACUACCCAAAGACUGGAACAGCAAUCAAAAACUGUACACUUUGCGAUUUGUGGACGUAAUUGAAAAUCGGUUUGUGAUGAAAGUACACAAUGAUCAUGAAAUAAAGUGUCUUUAUGUUAAUUUUUACAACGUUAACGGAAACAAAACGGUAGCAUUUCCGCUUAAAAUAUCCCUUUUGACUAGAGAGUCUUGGCAAGAAUUCGAAACUGCUUUCACGGAAGAGAUACAGAAGUUUCCAGUUCUUGUAGAUCGUAUAAAAGAUACACUCUCUAAAACUGACCAAGAAGAGGAGAGGACCCUAGAAGACGUGACAAAAAAGAAUGAGACGAAAAAAACCAAGGCAUUUAUUAUAGAUAUAGGAAAUAUAGAAAUUCCAGGGCUAUCAACUUCGGGAAAUGAAAAUGAAGUAUCUAAGAUAAAGAAGAAAGAUCCUACAAAAGAAAAAUAA